AUGGUAAAGUUAACAGAGGAAAUGGUCGUGGCUCGGACACGAAUGUCCGAUUUUUCUGCCGUAAAGAAACUUAACUGUUGGUAAGUAGUUUGUAAGAAUAUUACUCUUUAAAUAAGUUGUCAUUUAUUCUAUUAUUAUCUAAUCAUUUUUAUGUGUAAUUAUAUUAAAAUGACAUGUUCAUUGUGAUUCUUAUUUUUUAAAAAUUUUCAGUAGUAGAAUUUGUAGUUUUUUUUUUAUAUUUUCAUUGGAAACUACAUUGUUCCAAUAAUGAAUUGGUUAGUGGAUCAUUCCAUUGUUCUAAGGAAGUUGUGAAAUAUUUUAGAUGUUAAUAGAAUAAAAGAAAUUUCUUUAUUUAUAUACAUAUCUAAUAACCUUAGCUUAAAUAAAUACAAAUUAAUAAAAUUUUAUCAUAUAUAUUUUUAUUUAAUCUAUAAUGAUAAACAAUUGAUAAAUUAUUUUGAUUUGCUUUUUUAUAAAAUAAUUUUUUAAAUUUGUUGUAAAAAUUUUAAAAAAUAUUUAUAAAUGUGUAAUAUUGCUGGAUAUUUAAAUUAUUAUUUAUUAUUAAUGUAGGGGUACAGAAUUGACUGAUGUGAGCAUUUUAAGGAAAAUGAAAAAUGUGGAAGUAUUGUCAUUAAGGUAACUAAUUAAGAUUUAAAUUUAUAUUUAUAUAUGUAUUGAACAGAAAUGUGACUUGAAAAUUCUCAUAUAAGUAAAAUUUAUAAUAGUAGUGAUCUCAGUUAUUUAUAAUCUUUAACAUUACAGAAUCUCAUAGCGCAUUCCUACUAUGGACAGGUUUAUAUAAACGUCAAGAUCAUACACAACCUACAGCUCAGAAGUUGUUCUACCCACACAUUUUGAAUUCAUUACAAUAUAUUUCAAUAUUCUCAAAGAAAAAUACUAAUACAUCUUGUUUUUCAUAAGAGAUUUAUUUUUACAUUUAGAUUUGGAAUUAACAAAAUUUCUAUUUAUUUAAUUACAAAAUCAACUGUAAUUUAAUAUCAACUGUAAUUGAAAUAAUUUAAAUAUCAACUGUAUUUAAUAUCAACUGUAAUUGAAAUAAUUUAAAUUAUUUAAGCUUUCAUUUAAAUGAAUUUAAAACAUGUUGAAAUAAUAGCAUCUAAUGUAUUUAUACAUCUAAUAUGUAAAAGUUUCAAGUACUUUAUACAUAUUUAUGUCUUUGCAUAUAAGAUAAUUACAUUUUAUUAACUUUUUUAUUAGAAUUUUAUAUUACAAUUACUUUCAUAUUUUUUAAAUGCAUUUUUAUAAUAAUUUUAAAUGCAAUUUUCAUUAAAGUUAAUUGAUUAUGAUAUGAUAUUCAAAAUACAAUUAAUAUGAACAUUUCUAUAUAUAAAAAUUAAUAUAUUUAUGCUGUAUUGCGUUAUAUUUAAAAAUUUUUUCAUUUAUUUAUAGCGUUAACCAUAUCAACACCCUUGCUGAUUUUCAAUACUGCUUAAGUCUUCAAGAAUUAUUCGUGAGAAAUAAUAAUAUUGAAGAUUUGAACGAAGUUUGUUAUCUUCAAGCUUUGCCAAAUUUAAGAAAUUUAUGGCUUGGUGAAAAUCCUUGUGCUGAAAAAGAAGGUUAUCGAUUAGCAGUUUUAAGAGCGUUACCAAAUCUACAAAAGCUUGAUGAUGAAAUAGUAUCACCUGAGGAAGUGCAGACUGCAUUGACAAGAGGCCGUGUUUUAAUUCAUCCACUUGACAUGUAUGCUUCUCCACCGCAGUCAGAUGCAGUCAGUCCAGAGAGAAGUUUUGAAGAAACACAGCAUACUCAAGAAGAGUAUCAUGAUCCAGAUCAUAGAAAUGCAAAUUAUAAUGCAUCACCGUCUCAUCAUUAUUCGCAAAAUAAUCAAUAUACAUAUGAGCAACAGAAUGGACAGUCAAAGAAUCAAAGCAAAGAUGACACUAUACGUACAGAGUCGCGCAACGUCAGUGAAAACGUGGCCACUAACACUAUUGAAAUGAUCAAGGAAUAUGAUGACCGACCAGCAAUUUCUAGACAUAAUGGAGAUUACGAUGACAGAAGAUCUUAUGCGGAAUAUAGUAAUAAUGACACAUCGCAACGAACAUACGCACAAACAUCUCCAAGAACACAAUACUCCACAAAUGAAAUUAUAGAUGAAAGACGAACAGAAAGAAAUAAUUAUGAUUAUGACAACAGACUGAAAUCUGAAUAUAAAGAACAUCAUGACCAUAGAAUAAAAUCAGAUUAUGAAGAACAACAUCAACCACCGUCUCAACAUAGACGAAUGCCGGUUCAUCAUAAUGUAGAGAGAAACUCCAACAUUUUAUCAGCUGUAUUAUGUCUAGUUAAAGAACUUGAUUACCCGAGUCUGGAAGUUGUAGAAAUGGCUGUUAGAAAUCGAAUGGAUGAAUUAGAAGAAUGA